GGCCCAACAUCGCCUUCGAUCACAAAAACAAAUUUCCAAUUGUUCGCCACAUUUCCACCAUGUCGACCUGCAAGAUAUGUUCCCAGGAGUUGAUUAUUGAAUUGGAUCCUGAAGACUUUAACGAGGCUACAUCCUCUGCAGCAGGUGGAUCAUCGACAAGUGUUCCAGAUGACUUGCUCUUGACAUGUGGUUGUCACUUUCAUUGGCAAUGUUUUCUGGAUGAAUCUCCCCAGAUCGUCACCUCACUUGCUUGCCCAUCUUGCAAUCGGUUCGUAGGAUCAACGUCAACGACUCUAGAAGGGGCCCAGCAGUUGCAAGUCCUGACAAAGUAUCACAAUGAAGGUGGGAUACAGGUGGAUCUUGACGUGCUUCCCCUAAUCAAAGAGGAAGCCUACCUAGUUGCCAAUCCUGCUGCGCGGCCUGCUCGAGCCUUCAUGACUAUGUGCAGUGAAGGCGACGUGGGAGGAAUUAUUGAACUAUUGAAAGCUAUUGAGGAAGAUGAGGAUGAUGAUGAAGGGAGCAUGUCAAGCGCAGAGCUUCUGCGAUAUCAAGACCCUCUUGAUGGUAUGAAGACUGGGUUACAUAUCGCUAUUGAGAAGUCAAGAGAGGAAGCUGUUUGGCUCCUUUUGUGGUUGGCUUCUAGCGUCCCAACAGCAGCUUUUCCGGCUGAAGUUUCACAAGCAUCACAGGCGAUGGGCCAGGGAAGAGAUACUGCACGAGGUCCUGAUAUCCGAGGCUUACGCGAUGAGCAAGAAAGGACUGCUCGAGACAUUGCUGCAACCAUGGGAAACACAUGGGCAGGAUUUUUAGCGACCGGACUACUGGAGGUGUAGAAAAGAUGGCAAUAAGAUACUACGGUGCACUGAAAACACGAGCAAAAAUACUUUGGGGGAUAAAAACAUCAUAUAGAGUAGGUCAGGUAGUUGAGCAUAUACAUACCUCUUUCGAAC